AUGAGCUCCAAAAGAGAGGAUUCAAUUUCACACGAGCUCCGCACAGCUGCAGAGCCCCGCCAGAACAGGCGCCAUCCAGUGCAGCUAUCGCAUGUUGAGCAGAUCAACCCCUCGGUUCGGCUCUUGCACUUCACUCUGUCACAAGAGAACAACAAUGGACAACCAUUCAGCUUUCUUCCAGGCCAGUGGCUUGAUGUUCAUAUCCCAUCCAUCGCCCAAGCAGGAGGAUUCACCAUCACAUCCACUCCAGCCGAUGCAAAACCCCUACCGAUCCGCACCAGCUCAACACCCGAAGAUCCUGUCCCAUCAGACUCUCAGGGAAGAGCACCGUACGUGGAACUAGCCGUGCAAAACUCGCCGAAGAACCCCUCCGCCGCAUGGCUCUGGAAACCCGAAGAAGAAAUCAUAGGCAAAGAGCUUAGCAUCCGCGUAGGAGGAAGCUUCGUAUGGUCCGGAGCCAGUAACGCGCGAAACGCAAUCUUCAUCGCCGGCGGCGUUGGUAUCAACCCAUUGAUAUCAAUGCUCUCACACAUUAAUAACAAUGAGCCUGGGACCAAGGCCCCGGAUACUAUUCGGAUCUUGUAUACUAGCCGUCUGCCGCGAAAUGGGACGAUGGAACAGGGACUGGAACAGAUAUUGUUUCUGCCGCGUCUGCGUCGGAUGAUCCGGGCGCAAGAGACUUCGCAUCGGCUUCGAAUGUCGCUGGAUCUUUUCCUCACCAAUGUGGAGUCGCCUCUUGAGUUGGGAGCUGAGCAUUCUGAUAUUGCGAUCCAUACAUCUCGAAUUCAGGAUUCGGAUCUACGCAAGGCUGUUUGUAAUGAGGAAGCCGGUAUUAGCGCCUGGGAUACAGUUUGCUAUGUCUGUGGACCGCCGCAGAUGACUGAUUCGAUGGUUGAGAGGUUGGAAGGGAUGCUGGGAGAGGGCGGGGAUGAGCGAAUCUUCUACGAAAAAUGGUGGUAG